GAGCAAUAUAACCGAAACUGUUUCCUAUAUCUGGAAUCCACAAGUUUGUAAAUAAUCCACAGUAUUUUCUUCUUCAAAUGGUUAAAGGUCCCACUGGAUCAUCUUCUUCUCUCUUCCCGGAGAGGGAGACAAAAACGAUAAGAGUAGUAAUCCGCAAUUCUCGUAGGUUAAUAAGAGUCCAACCAACCUUUAUUGUAAAGAAGAAACAUAAAUACGUUUCCCAAUUCGAAAACUAACACAGAAUCAAAUUAAAAACACACAUAAAAUCUUAGCGACUUUAAUUACCUCCAGAAUUUCCUUUUUAGAGAAUUUUCCCAAUAUCUUCCUCUGUUUCUAUCUAUAAAUAAAUAUUCUUUCUUCUUUUUUCUUAUCUCAUUCUGAUGAUAUAUACCGAUCAUCUCAAUGCAUGAUAACAACGUUUGCUGAAGAUAAAUGGCGAUACUUGCACCGGCAAAUAGUAUGCAGAGCUUAAUACAGACUUCAGAAGUUGGUUGGAAUUUUACAAUGGAAACAAAAAGACUUCAAGGAUUCUCCCUGACGCAAAAAAGAACUUCCAUAAACAGGAAAAGAAAGAGAGUUGGAGAAAUACCGGUUUUUGAUGUUCCUAAGAAAGAACCGUGUAGACAAAGGAGUGCAAGAGUAUCAAAAAUGGUUCUUUCUGAUGAGUCAGAAGAGGAGCAGCUUCCACCAAAGAAAAUGGCGGAGCGACAAAGGUUUAAACGAGCAAAAUUUAAAAUGGUUCUCUCUGAUGAGUCAGAAGAAGAGCAGCUUCCAUCAAAGAAGAAAAGAGUGCGACUGAGUUUUGAUAGCGAGGAAGUUACAAGGACAACUAGAAGGUCAAGAUGUUCAGUAGAGAAAAAUUCGGACCCAGAAAGUUUAACUUCUACUUCAGUUUCUUCCUCUUCUUCCUCUAGCAUAGCAGCAAAUGAGGAAAAUAUCGUGAAGACCCGCAGCAUGAGGAAAGCCAAGGGUACAACAAAUAAGAAUGGGGAGAAGAAGCGAGUGAGGUGUCAUCAAUGUAACAGAAAUGACAGAAUAACUGUUGUUCAAUGCAAAAAGUGUCCACAAUCACUAUACUGUAUCCAGUGCAUCAGGGAUUGGUAUCCUGAGUUAUCAGAGGUGGAAAUUCGUGAGUCUUGCCCACUUUGUCGUGGAAAUUGCAACUGCAAUUUAUGCCUAAUUAAACAUAGAGCUUUCAAGAGCACACAAGGGGAUGUUGUCAAACCCAAAAAAAUCCAGCAUGCCCAGUAUUUGGUCCACUCUCUCCUUCCAUUUCUGAAGCAAAUUCAUGAAGAGCAGUCUUUGGAGAUGGAGGUUGAGGCUGGAAUUCAAGGAAUAUCUUCUUCUGAAAUACAACCGACAGAGGCACCAUUUUACAGUGACGAGCGUGUUUACUGUAACAACUGUGCAACUUCAAUUGUUGACCUACAUAGGAGCUGCCAGAACUGUACUUAUGAGCUGUGUCUUAGCUGUUGCCGGGAGAUUCGCAAAGGAAGCCUUUUAGGUGGUGCCGAUGAAGUAUUAUAUAAUUACUCAUACCGAGGGUUUGACUAUAUGCACGGAGGGGAUCCUCUAUCAGAGUCAUCUGAUGUCAGCAGAUGCAUGGAUCAGGUUGAGACAUUUACUAAAUGGUAUUCCCAUGAUAAUGGAGCUAUUCCUUGUCCUCCAAAAGAAAUGGGUGGUUGUGGUAACCAAAUUUUGGAGCUUAAGAGAAUCUUUCCUAGCUGUUGGAUUCCGGAUUUAAAAAUCAAAGCCGAAGAAAUAGCAAAAAAUUACGAGGAUGAGCGGUCUCUCACCCAUUACAACGUUAUUACUACCAACAAUGAGAUGCUACGAAGAGCAGCUUCUAGAGAACAAUCUGAUGACAAUUUCUUAUUUUGUCCAUCUUCAAUGGAUAUACUAAAUGAGGAAGAUCUGGUCAACUUCCAAAAACACUGGAUUAAAGGGGAACCAGUAAUCGUUCGCAAUGUGCUUGCAAGGACAACUGGUUUGAGUUGGGAGCCAGACGUUAUGUUACGUGCAAUGUCUUGCAAUGUGGAUAUGGAAACUGGCGCAGAAUUGUCGGAAGAAGUGAAGGUUAUCGACUGCCUUUCUGGUUGCGAGGUUCAAAUUAGCGCUCAACAAUUUUUCAAAGGGUAUACGGCUGGUAGGGCAUAUAAAAACUCCUGGCCUGAGAUGCUUAAGCUGAAGGACUGGCCCCCGUCUGCUAAAUUUGAGGACUACUUGCCCCGUCACUCCGAUGAAUUCAUCACUGCACUACCAUUCCAAGAGUACACGGAUCCCACCCAUGGUUUACUUAAUCUAGUGGUAAAGCUGCCAGAUGAGUGUAUAAAGCCAGAUAUGGGACCUAAAACAUAUAUUGCUUACGGGAUUGCUGAGGAGCUUGGAAGAGGGGAUUCUGUUACCAAGCUUCACUGCGACAUGUCUGAUGCGGUGAAUAUAUUGACACACACAUCAGAAGUAGUUCUGACUGAGGAACAACGAUCCAGAGUGCAAAUGCAGAAAAAGAAGCAUAGAGCCCAGGAUGCAAAGGAACGUCUAGGUCCAAGUCCAAUGGAUCAGGAAAACCAACAUCGUAACAUCGCAGCUGAAACUAAUAGACCACUUGAUGAUGAUAAUGAUAUUGCAGAUCCAACUUUCCCAGGCUUCGGUCCACCUGAAGAGGAAUCAGGUAGUGCUCUAUGGGAUAUUUUUCGGAGAGAAGAUGUUACCAAACUCCAAAGAUACCUUAGAAAUCACUCUAAAGAAUUCAGACACACCUAUUGUUCUCCAGUUGAGAAGGUAGUUCAUCCCAUUCACGAUCAAACGUUCUAUUUGACUAUUGAGCAUAAAAGAAGGCUUAAGGAGGAAUUCGGCAUUGAACCAUGGACAUUUGAGCAAAAAAGAGGUGAGGCAGUCUUUAUUCCUGCUGGGUGUCCACAUCAAGUCAGAAAUCUUAAGUCAUGUACAAAGGUUGCACUCGAUUUUGUCUCUCCCGAAAACAUUGGUGAAUGCUUUCGAUUGAUGGAGGAAUUUCGGAAACUUCCCAAGAAUCACAGAGCUAGGGAAGAUAAGCUUGAGAUUAAGAAAAUCACACUUCACGCUAUCAACCAAGCAGUGAAGGAUUUAGAAGACCUGGUGGCGUCUUGAAUGAAGUAGGAGUACAUCUAGAGGCAAAACCUAAUUAUAUACAAAAGGUAUCCCCCCAGUUCUAGUGAGUGCUGCUCCCAGCCAGAUCAAUUUUUCAGUUCUCAUUUUAAUGCGGGAAAACAGUUCAAGAGCAUUGUAAUUGACAUUUGUAUAUAAUAUAGUAUACAUCCCUUGAACACCAUGCAUAGUUCCAUAGAAGUUUAUACAAAAACCUCUCAGAACUGACAGGAUUGUGCUGCCGCUUCUUAACCAACGAUGUAUUUCACUCCUAGCAUCAUUCAUAUGGUUAUGU